CUCUCAACUAUUUUAUCACAAUAUUUAAAGUGUUGUAAACAAUGAACUGAAUCCAUGGCCACAGAUAUCACUCGUAAAACAAUUAAGACACCGUUAACGCCAUCAUAACUGCCACCGACACACGCGUGGAUAGGGGGCCGGUAGUUGAAGCGGAAGUAGCGGCGGUGGUGGUGGUGAGCGACCGGCGAAGGGAACUGGAGGUCGGAAACCAUGGAGUACUCGCCGCUGACCACAUGUAUGGCCGACAUCGGGUCCAACAUCGCCGGCGACCGGCAGACAGGCGUCUCUUGUGUCACGUUUGACACGCACGAGGAGCUGCUAUGGAUGGCCAACAUGUCCGGCCACAUGACAUCGUACUACUCUUACGCGUUGGACAAAUACACGUCUUUCCACGUCGACCACCACUCGGACAUCCGGGAUGUGUUGACACCGGCCUCCGGAGUGCUGGCGCUCACCAAAGACUCGUUGAGGCUAUCGAAGAGGCGCGGGCUGACGGUGUGGACGCAUAGGUCGGAACUGUUGAUGAGGGAUAUGCAGUGUAUGAGUCUAUUGCCGUCGGGACUGCUGCUGAUGGCCGGCCAUCAGGAGAAGUUGAUUGAGUUGGACAUCGAGAGAGUGAAACACGUGAGGGUUACCGAUAUACCAGAUAAUGGCUGUGUGGUCAUGAAACAGCACCCGAGGUUUGUCUGUUUGGCUGAUCCUAAUGGAAAGAUCACACUCCGGGACACCGUAUCCCUGCAAAUGCAGCGCGAGUUCCAGUCCCACUCCAUGCUGUCCUCCUUCGACGUGUGCGGCAAUUACCUGAUCACCUGCGGGUUCAGUGAACGCCACGGCAACUACAUCGCCGACCAGUUCCUCAUGCUGUACGACUUGCGACAGAUGAAAGCGGUGGCGCCCAUACCGAUGCCCAACUUCAGCCCAUAUUUGGUGAAGUUUUUGCCAAAGUUUGCCGCCAAGUGCUGUGUGGUCUCGCAAACCGGUCAGUUCCAGAUGCUUGACGUCACCGACUACUCGCAACGGUAUAUACAUAGCGUGCAGUUGCCCCCCGCCGGCGCCUCCAUCACCAGCUUUGAUGUGAGCGCCACCGGACAGGCCCUGGCCUUCGGUGAUGACCACAACUAUAUCUAUUUGUACGGCGCGUGCGGUGAAGUGGACUUCAAUAUGAAUAGUAAGCCCACGGAGUUUGCCGACCCCAUAGAGCCGGUACGCCCGGUGCCCAUCACUGACAUGCAUACACCCAUCUCCGAGAUAUCUCCCUUUCCCUAUUGGGCGGUCACCGAGAAGUUGUUGUCCGAUAUGUCGCCCGACGCCUGCCGUAAGUCCUAUAGACCGACGCCACCCAUCGAUCCCGAGAUAUUGCGUACACUAAGAAUGGUUGGCUCUAUUGGUUACGCGCCGAACCACGGGAAGCGCCUACACGUGCCCUCAGCAAUGGCCGGCGAGUCGUCCGCACAUAACUCAAAACGAAACAGCCCGGAGACCAAUGAGAUGCCGCACCGGUACUACUUCCUGGAGCCCAACUACGACAAGAUGGACAAAGACGAGUACGACUUCGGCCGCUAUAACCACUCGCCGUUCGCCGGACUCGACUCCACGCUUCCCAACUCGUACUCCAAUAACAUGAUUCAGUCGCUGUACUUCAUACGCCCCCUGCGCACCGGUAUCAUCGGACACGUGUGCAAAAAGGAGUACUGUCUGGUGUGUGAGCUGGGCUUCCUGUUCCACAUGCUGGACAUGGCGCCCAAACACGUGCCCUGUAUGGCCAACAACUUUUUGCGCGCUUUCCGGACAAUGCCUGAGGCGUCGGCGCUGAACCUCAUCUUCCCGGACGACGAGGCCAUCAGGAAAACCAUUAACGACGCGAAACUGUCGCAGCAGUGGUUGCGGUUCAUACUCAGCCAAUUGGACUCCGAGGCCGCGAAAGGUCUGUGCGAUGUGUUCGAGAGUCCGGAGGCGUCGUCGGGCGGCGGCGAUAGGAGCGAGUCGUCGAAGGGUUCGUCGGCCGCCGCCACCACUCAGGAGACGACCACAUCAUUCAUAAACGACUUGUUCUCGUUGUCGCUGUUGCGGUGCUAUCGCUGCAAAUGCGACCACAAGUGGGAACAGCCGCACAACUCGUUCCCCAUUACACUGAGUUAUCCGAACGACUCGGCGAAGUGUCACUCAUUCGUGGAUCUGUUGAGACACAGCGUACUCACCGAACAGACGAUACAGACCUACUGCGAGAAGUGCGCCAAAUAUCAGCACGUCGUCGAGAAACGGGUGGCGAAAGCCAUUCCCCACAUACUGGCCAUCAAUACGGGUCUCGACAGCGAACAGGCCGUCCGCUUUUGGCGCAAUCAGAUCGACAGUAUGGCGGCGAAUGGCGGCGCCGACAGCCAGAAGGCGGCGCAGACGUGUCUGCAGGAGAUGUCGACGCCGAAGAAGGCCUGUCGCUAUGGAAACAACUGUAACCGAAGUGACUGCAAGUUCUCGCACGAGAAGAACCGCGAGUCCUCGUCAAUGAAAGACAUUCACUCAUGGAUUCCGUUGUCGUUCAGCGUUACCGCCGAUGAAGGCGACGGCAAAAUAGACUUCAACACCACAGCGACUGAUGAUAACGGAUCCGUUGAGUACGAGCUGAUGUCCGUCACGUCUGUAGUCAAGAAGAAUGACUCACACGUGGGAAACAUUGUGAGCGCUAUACGGGUGGACAGGGAGUACUUCGACAGGAGGCCGGGCGCCGACGAGUACCUUAACGAUUGGUUUCUAUUCAAUCACUACUCGAUUAAUCCGAUUACCGUCGAGGAAGUGGUGUCCAACGAUCUCCAAUGGAAAGUGCCGUCAGUGUUGAUAUACGUCCGCAAAGACUUGAAUGAAUUGCACCGAAACCUGCUGUCCAUGAAGACGGCUGUGAAUAGCGACGUAUUCGGCGAAGACAUAGGGCUGGCGACCAAAGCCCGGCGCGGAUCCAUUUCCUUCACGCCCCUCACCGGCGAUGAAAUGCCCAAAUCGGGCGAUUUGGUGGCCAUGGAUGCGGAGUUCGUGACACUGAACCAGGAGGAGACGGAACUGCGUCCGGACGGCACGCGCACGACGAUCAGGCCCUCCCACAAGUCGGUGGCGCGCAUAUCGUGCGUGAGAGGGUCGGGCGCUCUGGAGGGACAGCCCUUCAUCGACGACUACAUCUCCACUCAGGACCAGGUGGCCGACUAUAUGACAAAGUUCUCGGGCAUACAGCCCGGGGAUCUCGAGGCGGGCGUGUCGUCCAAGCGCUUGACAACACUGAAGUCGACGUACCUGAAGCUCCGGUUCCUCGUGGACACGGGCGUCAUAUUCGUCGGCCACGGCCUCCGCAAUGACUUUCGGGUCAUUAAUCUGGUUGUCCCGCAGGAGCAAGUGAUCGAUACUGUGCUGCUGUUCCAGUCGCCCAACUAUAAGCGUAUGGUAAGCCUCCGGUUCCUCGCCUGGCAUUUCCUCGACAUACAGAUCCAGUCGGAGACACACGACUCGGUAGAGGACGCGAAGACGGCGCUCCUCUUGUAUAAGAAGUACUCGGAGUUAAAGGCAUUGAAUUGCGUGGACGAGGCCAUCGAUAAUCUGUAUGACGUCGGCAGGAACUCCUGCUGGAGGGUCCCCGGCAGUGACGACGAGACCUAACGGUGCCGUUUAGGAGGCGCCCCCCCGGAGUCCCGGAUCUCUCUAUUAUGGGUUUUUUUGUGGAAAUUAUUUUUUAAGUAUUUAUUUUAAUGGAUAUAAACAUUGAUAUCAAAAUCAAGCGAUGAUUGUAUUUCUUGCGGGGAAUUGUUUUUUACAAAUUUUAUUGACACAGCG